AAUUUGUUCUUGGACUCGAUUAGUGAGUAAAUUGCAUAGCUUUGGCGUCGGACCUCCAUCAACAUGAAUAUCGCAACACAGUUGAGCAGGCAAUCAGUCAGCACGACAACAAUCGUAAAGGCAGACGGUGUGCGUUGAGGUAGAUCCAAUCAUCCACGAGGAGGAAGAAGGCUGCGUGUCUGUGUGCGUGUGGCGUUCCCAAUCUCUCCCUACCCCGCGUUGUCGCCAGAGGCGGGCACAAUGCCGCGUCUCCGCCUCCCUCUGCUGCUCCUCCUCCCCGUAACCCUCACCACCUUCCUCCUCCUCUUGCCAUCCUCCCCCCGCCCGGCCCCGUCCCCGCCGCAGCCGCUCCCUUGCGGCGCCGCGCCCUCCGACGCGGCCGCCGGUCGCUGGGUCCCCACCCCGGAGCCAGCGCCGCCGCCGCUCUACUCCCCGUCCUGCCCCUUCCACCGCAACGCCUGGAACUGCCUCCGCAACGGCCGCCCCGCGCUCGCGCCGCUCUCCUGGGCGCCCAACCGCUGCGGCGGCGCCGUCGUCCCGAGGAUCGACGCCGCGGGGUUCCUGGCUGCGGCCAGGGGCCGCCGGGUCGGACUCGUGGGGGACUCGCUAUCCGAGAACCUCCUCGUCGCGCUGCUUUGCGCGCUCCGGUCGGCCGACGACGGCGCACGCAAGUGGAAGCGGCGUGGCGCCUGGCGCGGUGGGUACUUCCCCAGGGAGGACGUCGUCGUCGCGUACCACCGCGCCGUGCUGCUCGCCAAGUACACGUGGCAGCCUGUAGAGAAUUCGAAAGAACUUCAGAAGGAUGGAAUAAAAGGAACUUAUAGAGUGGACGUUGACAUUCCCGCUGAUGAGUGGGUAAAUAUCACUAAGUUCUAUGAUGUGCUCAUUUUCAACACAGGACACUGGUGGGGUCCAGAUAAAUUCCCAAAGGAGACUCCCCUUGUUUUCUUCAGAGGAGGAAAGCCGAUUGAACCUCCACUUGGCAUAUAUGACGGACUGAAAGUAGUCCUCAAAAGUAUGGCCUCUUACAUUGAAAGGGAGGUUCCAAGAACAACCCUGAAGCUGUGGCGCGCGCAGUCACCUAGGCACUUCUAUGGAGGCGACUGGAAUCACAACGGCAGCUGUGUGUUUGAUAGGCUUCUCGAAGAACAUGAGUUCGAUUCUUGGUUUGAUCCCCGGAAUGGGGGAGUGAACAAAGAAGCGAGGCUGGUGAAUUAUGUGAUUCAGGAAGCCCUAAUUGGCACAGAUAUCCAGUUGCUCAACCUGACGUACAUGAGCGAGUUCCGUGCUGAUGCCCAUCCUGCUAUCUGGCUUGGCAAGAAGGACGCGGUGGCUGUCUGGGGGCAGGACUGCAUGCAUUGGUGCCUGCCUGGCGUGCCGGACACAUGGGUCGACAUCCUGGCUGCACAGAUCUUGCAUUACUUGAAUCAGGGAAAAGGUUGAUUGCGUUGUUGAAGUUCUGAUCAUUGUUGUCACUGUUCUCUGGGUAGACAAAGGCGUACUGGUUUUGGAACGUGAUAACUGAGGAAAUAUGCUUGGAGCUUUGCAAUGUUUGUCUGAAAGCGAAGAUAGAGGAGAAUGGGAUCAAGGGAGAACGAGAUGAUUCUUUUCUUCGAUCUAGAAGCAACCCUAGUAUUGUUAGGCAUGCAUGUCAUUUGAUUGUCCAAGAUACGUAUCCCUGAAUGUAGUUAUACGUAGAAUAUGCAGUUUCAGGUUUUAGCAAUUGAAACGAGAAACCUAUUUAACUGCAAUUAUGCUUUGAAGUUUUUACCCCUUUAUGUAAGUGCAGCUCAUUGUGAAUGCGAAGCUCGGUUCAGGGCUACUACGGUCUACUGAAUGUGCUAUGUUGUACUACACACUGUUAUACCAUCAAAGAUCGAAAUCAUCCUACGAAAUAAGAGAUA